UGACAAGCUCAUUGUAUAUAUAUAUAUGUAUGUGAAAGACAGCGAAACCUGCUUUACCUUCAAGGCAACCACUCAAAAUGGAGCGUCUUCUAAUGAUAUUUGUAUUAUCCUUGCUUCACAUCAAUGGACGUAUCUGCAUGGAUAUUAUUGGAGGAAAUGAGGCUGCUCCACACUCCAGACCAUACAUGGCUCUCCUAGAUAGUAACGGGCUAUGUGGAGGGGCAUUAAUUAAACCAAACUGGAUUGUAACUGCUGCUCAUUGUGAUAUUAAUGAUCAAUCAUUCGCUAUACUAGGCGCACACAAACGGAACGAUACUCGAGGGCAACAGAAAAUAAAAGUUAAAAAAGCCAUUAAAUAUCCCUGUUAUGACAAGAGUCUCAAACUGAAUGACAUUCAACUUUUACAGUUGGAGAAACCUGCAAAUCUGAACAAGUACGUAACUGUUAUCGCACUACCAAAAAGAGAGGAAAAAAUCGCAGCAAAGAAAAUAUGUAGCGUGGCCGGGUGGGGACUAACUGAUUCUAGGAAAAAGAUAUCAUCAAAUGUCCUUCGAGAAGCGAAUCUGGAAAUUGUUGACAAUGAGACGUGUAAGAAAGCAUACUCGAAAAAUCAACCCAUAACCAGUAGUAUGAUGUGCGCAGGACCUCUUAAAAAGCGUAACGAUGAUUCAUGUAAUGGUGACUCCGGAGGUCCUUUGAUCUGUGAUAAAAAAUAUGUCGGCCUUGUCUCAUUUGGAUCUCCAAAGUGCGGCACCCCAAGGAUCCCCGGCGUCUACACACGACUUACAGACAUCUAUCUUAAAUGGAUUCGGGAUACAACCGGCGGGGAUUAAUUGGAAACAUACACAGUAUAAAUAUAUACAAGCUGGGAUCUGAUUGGUCGCUAUGGGCAGCUUCACCACUUUUCCAUAAAGCUAGGUUUGAUAAAUACCAGUAUACUGGGCCUCGUGUAUAAAUGACCUUAAGCAAGUACAGGAACCAUGUCACAAAACAUGGCUUACUGAAUGUACGUGUCGUUAUGUUCCCUUUCUAUUAAAAAAAAAGGGGUGUGCUGAAUUGUGUCAUCUAUAUUGCGCCAUUAUAUUAGCUAGGCCGUGUGCACUCUGGAGAUUUUUUUUACACUGCACUUGAAAAAUGAAGGCCGUGCUGUGAUUGGUUGCUAAGGGAAGCAAAGGCCGUUUGGAUAGGCUCACAAUUUUGCCAUAGUAUAUAAUGGGAUGGGACACAUGCCAAAAGAUUGUCCUUUCAGCUUACGCUUAGGUGCUACCACCACUUUCUGAAUGCAGUACCUCCGUCUCUAUAGAAUGAAUGUAUUUUGGAUAGACUGAUCCAAAAUACUAAGGGUAUGGUCACACUGUCAGGCUUCUGUAUGCAGUUUUGGGAAACUACCAUAAAUCAGGAGUGGAUCAUAGAAAGAGAGAAAGUAUAAAAGACAGAUACGACUUUGCCUCUUUCUUUAAUUUACUCCGGAAACAGCACGGCCGUACCCUUACAGACCCUCUUGCUUAGUUUACAAGGUUGUACCCACUAAAUUGAACCACACAUGUAG